GCUAGUUUUAGCAUUGGAUUUAUGUGACCUUGUGCUGGGAGAGGAAUACAAACUACAUGGUGUUUCUUCUUUGGUGGAUCCAUUUCAUUAUUCAUGGCCUCAAACUCAAUUGGAUGUAUACAAAUUCAUGAAUAGUUUUUCGGUUGGAUCGAGGUCCACUUCUGGAAGUAGAGGUGCAAUUCGGUAGCCAGGACAUGAGACUCAACCUCUCGAGAACGGUAACAGGCAGUCGUAGCACACACACUUCCUAGUAAACCAAGCCUAAGCAGCUCAGCCAUUGAAGCGACCUCUAAGCCAAAGAGAGAGUCUAUGGCGCUACACGCUGAUAUUCAAUUUGACAUUGUUUGAGAGUACUUAUGAAAUUAACUUAUGUCAUAUUCAUAAGUUGUUUUCAGUUUAUUCUUAUAGGUUUUUUAAGUUAGUUUGUAAAAAAAAAACUUAUAGCAAAUAUAAAAUUAAGCAUAUCACUCUUACAUUUUAUUCAAUUAUACUUCAACUUACUAUCUUAAUCAUUUCACCCUUAUAUAUCUUAUGCUUGGGGGUUGUGUACCGUCAUAAAAUAUUUGUUAGACCUCGGGCUAGGGUCAAAGGACUUGGAUCUCAUGUUGGCCUAGUUAUAGCCAUCAAAGAGUAUUCGGCCCAUGAUCUAUAUACUCGGUCCAUCCUCCGAUUAUUAAAAAAAAAAAAUUAUAAAAGGAGGACGGACCAAAGAGAAAAAGAAGGCCGGUUCAUCUACAUUUCAUACAAAACACCCGACUUUGAGCAUGCCACAUUGCCGGCAGAGGUCACAAAAGUUCCACGCCAGAAUAGAUUUCUAUUUUGGGAAGCUUCUAAUAUUUUUUAAUCCAAGGAAUGCAGCCAAGUAGAAACACAGGCUGCUUAAGAAUCUUUUAAUAAAAGAAAAUAAAUCACAUUUUAAGCAACUAUAGAAUCUGGUUCUUGCUUUAAAUUGUGAGGAAUACCAAACAGAAGCAUAUCUUUACUUGGACACAAAUGAGACAUAUUCUGAUUUUCCACUCAUUUUCAGUUUCUCCAUCUCUUCAAUUAUAGUCCUUGAUUUACUAAUAUGGGCCCCCUUGUGUUUGAUAAUCUACUAUACCUAUGACCUAUUGAAAGCAAUGUUUUUAAAAUCAGACUGAAGAUCGAACCGGUGAUACCUGUGGUGGAUCAUGGUUCGAUCGAUUCAACCUAAAUAUCACAAAUAAAUAAAAGUAAGAAAUGAAAACCAAGUACAAUUCUGAAAGCUUGAAGCCUAGUCUGAAAUUUUCUAUGCUUUUCAUUUCACUGUGUCUAUGUACCAACAAAUCUGCAUUGUAUAUAUCUUGAAGCUUCUUGUAUGCUUAGCCUACACUGCAAACAAUGGAAGCUACAUCCAAAUACAGAAGAUACAAAAAGUGUGAUUUAUCUCCCACAAACAUUUGCAGUUCUCAUCAACAUAGUCGAGAAACAAAAGCAUCAUGCAAAGGUUGCUGUAGUUUUUUAUGUAAUGUUUGUAAUUCAACUUCAAGGGAAAACUGCUUGGUUGGUUCAGUGAAGAAAAUUGGAACCAAAUUGUUCAAACUUGACAAUUCAAACAAGAAUGGAAAUUUGCUUGGUUGGUCGUCGUCAUCAUCAUCUCCUUCGGUGUUCUUUCCCUCACCUUUGCCUAGAAGAUAUAACAAGCGUGCGGUUCUCUGUGGAGUUUCCUAUGCAAAAAGGAAAUUCAGGCUUAAGGGAACCAUUAAUGAUACCAUUAACAUGAAGGAGCUUCUGGUUAAGACUUUUAAGUUUCCAAUUGAGUGCAUAAGAGUCCUCACAGAACAAGAGCAGAAUGCCAACUUAAUACCAACAAAACACAACAUAAUGGAGUCCUUAAGAUGGCUUGUGAAGGACUGUGAGGCAGGUGACUCGUUAGUCUUUUACUUUUCAGGACACGGUUUGCAACAGCCAGAUUUUAAGGAAGAUGAAAUUGAUGGAUUUGAUGAGACUCUUUGUCCUGUUGAUUUCAUAAAAGAAGGAAUGAUUCAAGAUAAUGACUUAAAUUCUACCAUUGUUUGGCCACUCAAAAAAGGUGUCAUACUUCAUGCUAUUGUUGAUGCUUGUCAUAGUGGAACAAUUCUUGAUCUUUUACAUGUCUAUAACUAUGAAAGAGGCAUUUGGGAGGAUAACAAGCCACCUUCUAAAGAACCUAUGAGAAAACAUACAAGUGGUGGAUUGGCUAUUUGUCUCAGUGCUUGUGAGGAUAGCCAAAUGGCUACUGAUAGUGCGGUUUUUGGUGGAAAGGGAAUGAAUGGUGUUUUGACUUAUCUUUUGACAAAAACAAUUAGAGAAAACCCAAAUGGAAUUACUUAUAGGGGUCUACUGGCAAAGAUGCAUGAUGAAAUUAAAAAGAUUAACAGAAGAAGCAGAUCAUGCAAUAAUCGCAUCUUGCACCAUAUCUUCCACAGUAAAAUAAUUGCACAGGAUCCUCUUUUAUCAUCAUCUGAGAAAUUUGAUGUUUCUACAAGAGUAUUCGCGUUGUAAUCAUGAGGAUACAAUACAAGUUAACUGCAAUUCACGAGGUCUUCAACUGCAUAUUCCCGCGGUUUUUACAUUUUUUCUUAAUUAAGAAUGGGACAGACAGAAUUUGUAGUAUUUCUUUUUAUAAAUCUGAAUCAAUGUUUGUAUUCAAAUUCAAUUCAACUGUAGCAUCAAUAAUUGUGAAGUUGUACAGACACGACAUUUCAUUUGAAUCCAAAUUUCACUAAUUUUCCAAAUCAAGAGACAAAAGAGGAACAACCACCGUUGGAGAUGCUUACUAUACAAAACUCGAGACAGUACUCGCAUUAUUGUCUAUGCACUUGCAAGUUAAUAUUGCAACAAACAAUUUCGUGCAACUUGUAACACAUCAGGGCAUUUCAAGUUCAUAAGAAUAAGCAGUUAUCGUGAAGCAGAUUUAGAGACAAACCUUGUAAUACACUCUUUCACAUCUGGUGCUAUUGAGCUCGUUGCUUGGAUAACAUAGUGGAUAACGAGUCCGACCAAUCUAUGACCGACUUUUAUAUCAUCUUCUAAUUAUUCAAUUCUAUAAAACUGUAAGAUGAGAAUGGUUCAUUUUUUCUAGAUUCUUUUCAGGUCUUAUCUCUAAUUGAUUGUGAGACUUGAAUUUUUUCCAAUAAGUUGAACCAUACAUUCUAUAUGUAAAUGUCAAGUCUUAAAAUACAUUACAUAAAUAUGUAAGCUAAAUGUACCCAAAAAAAUGUAUGCUAAAUUCCUUGGGAU